AUCCACUAUUCCACUCCCUUGCUCAUUUUCUUUCGUUAAAAACUAGUUCAGAUAAAUGACCCUACAUAAAAGCCAGUCCUCUCUCGCUCACUCUACUUCUGCUCUCGCCCUCUCCCUCUCUCUUUGCCACCCUUAACCACCCACCACACCAUUCCUCAUUUCUCUCCCCUCCGGUCCUCCCAGUUUUGCUCUCCCUGCGUCUUGCUUUCCUCCGAGGCCGCCCCCAAGAACAACAUAUUCCCGCCCCCUCAGAUGGGGAACCCGCCCGAGUUGUACCACAAGAUCCUCGGCAUCCACAAGGACACCUCGCCGCAGGAAAUCCGCGCCGCGUACAAGAACCUCGUCAAGAAAUGGCACCCGGACAAGCACCCGCCGUCGUCCAAGCCCGAGGCCGAGGCGCGGUUCAAGGCCAUCACCGAGGCCUACGAGGCGCUCCUGGACCAACAGGAGAACAGGGCGGUGUUCGGCUUGUGCAACGACGGCCGGGCGGGCGAGAGGUCAGCAGGGGCGUUCGGCGGCGUCGGCCUCGGGGUCGGAUCACGCAUGGAGAGGACACGCAAUGACGACUUUGGCAUCCGGAGCGCGCCCGGCACGCCGGCGAGGGAGUUCAAGAAGGUGUACAGCUCCGGCAACUCGGGUGGGCGGCGCACCUUCGCCGAAUUCUCCAGCUCCAUCAUGCGCAAGGCGCCGCCGCUGGAGCGCAAGCUCGAGUGCACCCUCGAGGAACUCUGCCGCGGAUGCAAGAAGGAGGUCAAAUUCAACCACGACGUCGUCACCAAGAAUGGGUCAAUUGUCAAGAAGGAGGUGACUCAGGUGGUUCUGGUGAAACCAGGGUGGAAGAAAGGGAAUAAGAUCACGUUCGAAGGUAUGGGGGGCGAGAGACCGGGUUGCCUACCGGCCGAUGCGAUCUUUACCAUAUCCGAGAAGAAGCACCCGAUGUUCAAGAGAGUGGGCAAUGAUCUGGUGCUGAAAGCCGAGGUGCCGUUGGCGAGCGCGCUCACCGGUUGGUCCUUCUCAUUCAGGCUUCUCAGUGGCAAGAAGGUGAGCUGCUCAUUUCAGGACGAAAUCAUCUACCCCGGAUAUGAGAAGGUCAUCAAAGGGGAAGGGAUGCCCAUCGUCGAACAGAAAGGCGCGCGGGGUGAUCUGAAGGUUAAGUUUGAGAUCGUCUUCCCCAAGGAGCUAACUGAUGAGCAGCGCAACGGCCUUGCUGAGAUCCUGGAAGGAUGCUGCUGAGGUUGUAUUUCCGGGUCCAGCCAUAUCAAGUUUUCUUGGCCUUGUGUUAAUACUCAGAGAGCGUGAGUACGUAAAGAGAGACGUCGUUGUACAUACAGGUUUUUUAUAUAUGAAACGUGAGCCAAGGCUUCUGUGGAUACUCACAUGCUCGUGGCAUGAGCUGUAUCCUGUAUUUGUUUAUUCUGAUGAGAGAUCUUGCCCCC